AUGUGGCUCCUCAACACCCACACCGCGGAGCUCCGGUUCUUCACUGGCCCUGAAGAUGUUUCUGGGGGAUAUGUCAUACUCUCCCAUGUCUGGGGCAAUGCUAGUGAUGAAGACACUUUCCAGCAACUGCGAAUGCAUUCGGAGCUUCACACACACUGGGACGUUCCACGGCAUUACGUCUCCGAGAAGAUUCGGCGGUUCCUUUCCGUGGCCGAAGACUACGGAUACCACUGGGCUUGGGCCGAUACAUGCUGCAUUGACAAGACCAGCAGCGCCGAACUAACCGAGGCCAUCAACUCCAUGUUCCGCUACUACCAGCUCGCCGAUCUCUGCUUCGUCUACCUCCACGACGUCACGUUCAGCCGCCGGACACGCGACCUCUCCACGCGCAUCAACGGCAGCCGCUGGCACAAACGCGGCUGGACGCUGCAGGAGCUCAUCGCGCCGAAGAUGGUCGUAUUCAUGUCUGCGGAGUGGCGGCGGAUCGGGACCAAGUACGAGCUCGCGCGAAACUUGCAGAUCGCGACUGGGAUCCCAGAGUCUGUCUUGCGCCUUGAAGCGGACGUCACGGACGUAAGCAUCGCGGCACGGAUGGCGUGGGCGUCUGGCCGCGAGACCACUCGUGUCGAAGACGAAGCAUACUGUCUCUUCGGGCUCUUUGGGGUCAAUCUGCCCCCUCUUUAUGGAGAGGGUCGGAACGCGUUCUAUCGCCUACAGGAGGAAAUCAUGCGGACGUCCGUCGACGUUUCCUUGGUCGCCUGGGGUCGAGGGGAAGCUGUCGGCGACCUCACAAACAUCGUAAAGAUUGCCAAUGGAUGGUCCGAGGGCCUGCGCGCCUACAAUUACCUUCUCGCACCCUCUGUCAAGUGCUUCAUGGAUCACAACUCAACUCGAUAUCACCCGCAUAGUCGCCACCAGGUGAGUGUGUUUCAAAUUUAUCCCUAG